CUUAGCCUCAAACGUGUAGCGUUCCGUACAAUGUGGCUGUCGGCAGAGGAUUAUCCACUGCUUCUUGGGUCAGCAGAUCUAGGUGUCUGUUUGCACACUUCGUCAUCAGGGCUGGAUCUACCCAUGAAGGUUGUGGAUAUGUUUGGCUGUGGGCUACCCGUUUGUGCUGUUUCAUAUUCUUGCAUAAAGGAGCUGGUGGAUGUUAACAAGAAUGGACUCCUUUUUUCAUCAUCUUCAGAACUGGCUGAUGAACUCAUGAUGCUGUUCGAGGGUUUUCCUGAGAGAUGUGAUGGUUUGAAGUCGAUGAGAUCAAACUUGAUGGGUAGGGUAUCUUCAGUUAGGUGGGAAACAGAAUGGGAAGAAAAUGCCAAGCCCUUAAUCAAUGAGGUUAUUUCUGAACGCACUCGCUGAAAUGUGAAAGAUGAAUCAAAGAAAUAUUGGUUGUACAGGUGACCUUCUAUCAAGUUUUUGUGUACACUCAAAGAAGCAGUCAAGAAUUAUCAUUUUUCAUUGGCUUCAACAGGAAAAUUGUGCUUGUUGUAGACUGGUCUUAAAAUAAAAAUUAUCCUUAGUGAAAUCUGAUACAUUCCAUCUUAAAAUGUCUGUACCGACCCCAGACAAGUGUGUGUGAAGCUUGUGCUGUAAUAGUAAUUGGAAAGGAGUAUGCUUGAAAUCAUUUUUGGUUUUCGACUGAAUUUUC